UCUUGUGCCUGAGAAAGUUGAGGCAUCCGUGAAUUGUGUGAUCAAUAGAAAAAGUGAUUGAAAAAUAAUCCCCCUCCCCCUCAGUUAUAUCAAAGUGAUAACGCGAAGAGUUUGAACAAGUGAAUUAAUGAAGUAUCGUCUGUUGUGUUCAGCAAAAUAUGGAACUUUUGUUCAUCAACUGCAUAUUUCUUCAGGUGUUCAAGACUUGAGGAUUAUCAGGACUCAAAAAAUGAUACGAAUCUAGGAUUAAGAUCUGACUCAAUCUUGUGUUAGGAAUGAUUUUUUAUGUCUCAAUGAAGACAGCUCGAUUAAUAAGUGUCAUGCCCAUGUUCGAUUUAGUCAUUGGAACUCCUACGACAGGAUAACUCCACGUUUUUGGUCGUUCCAAUAGACGGAACAUCGAACGGACCACGAAUUAAGGGAAAUAAGUCCCGAGCAGUUUGUCGAGUUCCGUGAAGAGUGAGAGGGCAAACAGAAAAUACUGAAAAAAAUCAGUUAGCGGUGCGCGAGGCUUGGUGCUGUUCAGUGCUGCUUCCUAUUGCUGCAGGACCACUAGAGACACCCAAAAAGAGUUGUUGAGUUUGCGCGUAACAUGCAUUAAUGUAACACGACAGUCCGAUGAAAAGUCGUAGUCUAAUGGGAGUGCAGACAGAAUCAGGGAGUAAUAGGAAAGAAACAAUAGUCAAGUGAGCUAGGAUAAUUGUGAGGACGCGAACAUUCUACGAGACUGAUGUUUGGAUAUUCUGAAAUCUAGUGAAUACGUGACGCGUUAGUGUUUUGUGGAUCAGAAAGUCCACGAUUUGUUAGAAGUUUUCAAGGAAGUACCUUCCAAAGACUGAUAAUAUCGAGUGGUGUUAUUGCAAUGAUGGCUCGGGAGGGCAAGCAUUCGAAGCUAAAUGAAUUAAUGCCGGAGUGAGAAUCGUAAAUAAACCAGAACUAUCGCCAUUUACAUCUGACGAGGACAAUUUGUGUAGUAUCUCGGAGGAAUUCAUUAAUUUACUUUAUUUCUCCUUAAUUUUUCAUCAUUAAUUUUUUUCUGCAUUUUGCCACUCAAGAGGUGAGCCACAUACAGUUUGUGCUCAUCUGAUUCUUGUUACGACACUAGUUAUGGUGUCCAAGGUAGAUACUAAUAACAUGGACAGCACGAGACUCAAUCGGAGUGCCAAUGUUAGAGACAUAAUGGGAGAUAAAUCAACACCGAGUGGAUGUAACGAGAGUGAUUUUGAAUUUGGUAUACCACCUGAGGCUCCCGUUUUCGAACCCACACCCGAGGAAUUUUUGGAUCCACUCGGAUAUAUCGCUAAAAUACGUCCGAUCGCUGAGAAAUCUGGCAUAUGCAAGAUCAAACCACCACCCAAUUGGCAACCACCAUUUGCAGUUGAUGUUGAUAAAUUCAAAUUCACACCGAGGAUACAAAGAUUGAACGAGCUUGAGGCGAAAACCAGAAUAAAACUCAAUUUUUUAGAUCAAAUUGCCAAGUUCUGGGAGCUCCAGGGCUCGUCAUUGAAGAUACCGUUGGUUGAGCGGAAGGCGCUUGAUCUUUACUCAUUACAUAAAAUUGUGACUGAUGAAGGUGGCAUUGAAACUGUGACGAGGGAGCGAAGAUGGGCGAAGAUCGCAAACAAGCUAGGAUACCCAUCAGGCAGAAGUGUCGGUAGCAUUCUGAAGAAUCACUAUGAAAGGAUCUUGUACCCCUUCGACGUCUUCAAGCAAGGGAAAACCCUGGGGGACAUAAAAAUCGAGCCCGAGACAGAGAUCCACGAGAAAAAGGAUCGUGACUACAAGCCCCACGGCAUCAUCUCUCGCCAACAAAUAAAGCCACCUCCUGCCAAGUUCUCGAGACGAUCAAAGCGUUUCAGCGGUCAAGAUGACAAGCAGGACGUCUCCAUAAAACAGGAGGAUUGUAAAGAAGAGUGUGACUCUGAUAAUGACUGCAAAGACGAUCCAGAUGCUGACAGUAAAGAGCUUAAGAAGCUCCAGUUCUACGGCGCUGGGCCCAAGAUGGCUGGUUUCACCAAAGAAAAUAAAAAGUCUAACAAAACUCGCGGUGUCAAACAAAAUUAUGACUUCGAUCCUUUGGCAAAGUACAUCUGUCACAAUUGCGGACGAGGGGACAUGGAGGAGAGUAUGUUGCUCUGUGAUGGUUGUGACGACAGUUAUCACACAUUUUGCCUCCUUCCACCGUUGACUGAAAUUCCAAAGGGCGACUGGAGAUGUCCAAAGUGCGUGGCUGAAGAGGUAUCUAAACCCAUGGAGGCCUUUGGGUUUGAGCAGGCUCAGAGAGAAUAUACACUCCAGCAAUUUGGGGAGAUGGCUGAUCAGUUUAAGAGCGAUUAUUUCAAUAUGCCUGUUCACAUGGUACCAACGUCACUCGUGGAAAAGGAAUUCUGGAGGAUUGUGUCAUCUAUUGAUGAGGACGUUACUGUUGAAUACGGAGCCGAUCUCCAUACGAUGGAUCAUGGCUCGGGAUUUCCAACGAAAACGAGUGUCAAUUUAUUUACAUGUGACCAGGAGUACGCAGAGUCUGCGUGGAACCUCAAUAAUCUUCCGGUUCUCCAGGGUAGUGUUCUGGGGCACAUUAAUGCUGAUAUAAGUGGGAUGAAGGUUCCAUGGAUGUAUGUCGGAAUGUGCUUCGCUACAUUCUGCUGGCACAAUGAGGACCACUGGAGUUAUUCGAUUAAUUAUCUACACUGGGGAGAACCGAAAACCUGGUAUGGGGUACCUGGCUCUGAGGCUGAACGAUUUGAGCAUUCCAUGAAAUCAGCUGCACCUGAGUUAUUCCACAGUCAACCUGACUUACUUCAUCAACUUGUGACUAUUAUGAAUCCAACGAUUCUAACUAAUGCGGCUGUACCAGUCUUCAGAACCGACCAGCAUGCCGGUGAAUUUGUGGUGACUUUUCCACGUGCUUAUCACGCAGGGUUCAAUCAGGGUUACAACUUUGCUGAAGCUGUCAACUUCGCACCUGCUGAUUGGUUGAAAGUUGGCAGAGAGUGUAUCGCCCAUUACUCAAAUCUCCGACGUUUCUGUGUGUUCUCCCACGACGAAUUGGUCUGUAAAAUGUCCUUGGAUCCAGAUUCCUUAGACAUUGGUAUAGCAACAGCGACCUAUCAAGAUAUGCUGCAAAUGGUGGAGGAUGAAAAAAAAUUGAGGAAAAAUCUGCUCGAGUGGGGUGUCACUGAGGCCGAAAGAGAAGCAUUCGAGUUACUACCAGACGAUGAGAGACAGUGUGAGGCAUGUAAAACCACAUGUUUUCUCAGUGCUGUGACCUGCGCGUGUCACAGUUCUCAGUUGGUAUGUCUGAGACAUUUCACUGAUCUCUGUUCUUGUCCACCGGAAAAGCAUACUCUCCGUUAUCGCUACACCUUGGACGAACUACCCAUAAUGCUGCAGAAAUUGAAACUGAAAGCCGAGUCAUUUGACUCGUGGGUAACCAAAGUCAAAGAAGCGAUGGAUCCGAAAGGUGAAAAAAUUGAAUUGAGUGAAUUAAAGGAACUAUUGAGUGAGGCUGAGAGCAAGAAAUUUCCAGAAAGUGAAUUACUAACUGCACUGACAACUGCUGUGCAAGAUGCUGAGAAAUGUGCAAGUGUUGCACAACAAUUGUUGAAUAAUAAACAACGCACAAGAACGAGACAGUCAGUGGAUACAAAAUACAAGUUGACUGUCGAGGAGUUGACGUUGUUCUACAAGGAGAUAACAAAUUUGUGUUGUGAAUUGAAGGAAUCUGAUGGAGUUAAAUAUAUUCUAGAUCAAGUCGUGCAGUUUCAAAAGGAUGCCGAGGAGUUGGAAUCAAAGUUUGAUGAUUGUAAUGUCGAGAAAUUGGAAAAGUGUAUUGACUUUGGGGAUUCAAUCUGCAUUGAACUGCCACAGCUGGUGAGACUCAAGCAGAAAUUGAGUCAGAUACAGUGGCUGGAUGAGGUGAAAUCCAUGUUGGAUGAAUCAAAAUCAGUGACACGUGAAGAUCUUGCUAGAUUAAUCGAAGCAGGUAUGACAAUUCCCCCCCAUUUUAGCAUUGAAACGAUGUUGUCCAAACUGCAACAACUUGUCAUCAAUAUUGAUAAGUGGGAGGAGAAAGCUAAGGGGUAUCUUCAGUCCAAGAGUCGUCAAAAUAUCGUCAUGAUCGAGGAGUUUAUACAGGAGGCUGACGAGAUCGACGCGUACUUACCGAGUCUUGACAACUUACAGGAUAUACUCACUAAAACGAAGAAUUGGACGAAAACUGUUGAAGAGAUCCAAGCGAGAGAAAAUGCCCCAUACUACGACACACUGGAGGAAUUAGUCAAGAAGGGACGGAACAUUCCCCUGCACCUUGAUGCCCUGCCAGUUCUGGAAUCCACCCUGUCCCAGGCUAAAGUAUGGAAAGAGAGAACCGCGAGAACUUUCCUGAGGAAGAAUUCUCAUUACACUCUGAUGGAGGCUCUUUCACCGAGAAUUGGUGUUGGAGUUCAAGCACUUAAAACCAAGAAGAACAAGGGCGAGGAGGCCAUCGGGGCGGUAUUCGUCUGUGACACAAAAUUGGAUGACUCGAGUGACUCAGCAGAUGUUGUUGCUGCUUUCAAACUGGCUGAGCAACGAGAAAUGGAGGCAAUGCGCAAUCUGAGGGAGAGAAAUAUAUCGAAGGCAGCAUACGAUGACUCCAGGUAUUGUGUCUGCAGGCGGCCAAGAUUUGGUUUGAUGCUUCAGUGCGAACUCUGCAAGGACUGGUUUCACUCUAACUGUGUGCCACUACCAAAAACAAUGUACAAAGGAAAAGUGUCAUCAGCCAGAGAAACAAAAUUCCUGUGUCCGUGCUGUUUGAGAUCGCGAAGACCACGAUUGGAAACAAUUCUUGCACUUUUACUUAGUUUACAAAAAAUUUCAAUUCGCUUGCCUGAGGGAGAAGCCCUACAAUGCCUGACAGAGAGGGCUAUGAAUUGGCAGGAUCGAGCCAGACAAGCACUCGUCACUGACGAGAUAUCAUCUGUUUUAGCUAAAUUAUCGGUUCUCUCCCAAAAACUCGUUGAAGCUGCUGCACGUGAGAAAACUGAAAAAAUUAUCAGCAGUGAGUUGAAGAAGGCAGCAAAUAAUCCAGAGUUGCAUCAACGUGUACAGGCUAUUGCACCACUCAGUGGUGUCCAUUCGGACGAUAGUGUUCUCAGUACUGCUGAUGAUGAUGAUGAUGUUGUUACCAUUGAUGGAGAUGAGCCAUCGUGUAGUACGUUCAACAGCAGUGAGCACGCCUACUCUUAUGUAUCGAAAUUCCAACGAAAAUUGCAACUACCCCAGAAUGCAGAAAAUUCGGUGGUUCUUUCGGAGAGUGCCAGAUCUAAGUUGGAUGAGCUCAUGAUGGAGGGCGAUCUUCUUGAGGUUGCUCUCGAUGAAACACAGCAUAUUUGGCGAAUUCUUAGUCACACCAAUAGUCCCAGCAGUGUACGUAAGUACGCGGCUUUCGAGGAGGUCCAGGCUAAUUUCAAUAGUGAUUCCAAAGAUCCUAAGAAACGGGGAAGGAAGAGGAAGUCAGAGGAAUUUGAGUUACUGAAGAAAAUGGGAGGGAGACAAAAGCCUGUGGAUGAGAAGACCAUUGUUAAGAAGAAAGCUUUUAAUAAUAAGGAUACCAAGAAAAUGACUACACCCCCCGGAGCUCUCAAAAGAGGUCCGAGAAAGAUCAAACGAAAAGAGGGCGAGGAACUACCAAAAAAGAGGGGUGGGAAUAGGAAAAAGACCAAACAAGACACCUCUGAUGAAGAAGACGAUUGUGCAGCUGGGAAUUGUCUCCGACCAAGUGGACGCGAAGUCGAUUGGGUGCAAUGUGACGGUGGAUGUGAUGGCUGGUUUCACAUGCACUGUGUAGGCCUCGAUCGCACUGAACUCACCGAGGAGGACGACUACAUCUGUAGCAAUUGCAAAGAUGCCGAGCAGAGUGCAACGGGAUAUCUGAGUGGAGACAAUGAGCCGGAUAUCCAGGAGGCGUCGUCUUUCGCUAGGACCUACUAGCCAGUCCACAUCUACGUUUAGGUUCAGCACAAUUUAUUCAUGAAAUAUUGAGGAUUUACGAAUGAACAUUCAAUGGCCGAUAUCCCAGAUUCAUCACAAGUAUAUUGACGGCUUUGAACGGAUAAUUGGGAUGUUGGCUCGUGGAAUAAUCAAUGAAAAACAAUGCGAUUGUUUAUAUUCGGUAUUGAAGGAUAUCUUCUGAUUCCACUUACGGUGUGUGUAGAUAGACUGAGACAUGUAUUAAAGAGUAAAAACAAAUUAUUUAGAUGUAAAAUGUAUGGAGGAGGAUUGACAAGAGUUUUGUAACGAAAGAAUUUUACACUCAGAUAUUAUUAAAAAACAGAAUAUAUAUCAUAUCUACUUUGCCUUCCCCAAGUACUGUCUCAUCCGACAAUUCAUAUGUUGCAAGAGUUGACCAAAUUAGGCGUCAGUUAAUGAUUUCAUUUUUUUUUAAUUAAAUAAGGACUUGUGUGCUUAUUCCAACAUGAAGUUCUUUAUUAUGGCUUUCUUAAUACAACAUCACCGUCAAAAUGGGGCAUAUGAAUGAUAGAAAAUGGAAAGAGAUCUUUGUAAAUAUGCAGUUAAAAAUUCACCACUUCAAUAUGUGUUGCACACUCAUGUCUUUUAUUUAUUUAUUAGUGAUAAUAUUAUUCAUACGAUUAUGAUCUUUUCAAUGACAGGACUAUAUAUUUUUGCGUAUUGUAUAGAAAUGACAAGUAUAUGGAAGUAGUGAAGGAUUGGGAUGAGGCUAUUAAAUAAUACGUUUGAGAACAAAAAGUUUGUACAAUGAUACACUGUUUAUCAACAAUAAUGUCCUGUAAUUUCUAAGUGAAGAGUGAUGUUCAAUAUUGAGGAGGAAAGAAUUAAUUGUCAUCGGGAAUAUCGAUAAAUAAAGUACGUAAUUUUUGGCGUCGAACAUUUACUACACAGUGUGUUUUAAAUACAAGUAUACCUAUUGUACUAAAACAGGCUGUGAUAAAACAUUAUAUUAAAUAUAGAGAAUCGAAGGAUUUCACUUUACGGAACAAUA